GAAGCUAAGAGGAGAGGCAAGAAGCCUGAAAGAAAGGCAGAUAAAUCCUAUGUUUCCUUUGGAGGCAUCUUCCUUUUCUAUUUCUGCUGCCUGAGAUAAAGCUGGGUCCCACCUCUGCUCUCCUGUUUGUCUUCAUUCAGACAAGGAAUAGGAAGUGGCUUUUUGAAUCUCCAUUUGGACCUUGUCCAGCUCUUCAUUGCAACACGACAAAGGCGGCACUGGUGGUUGACCGGACAGAUAAGCCGUGUCUCUGCUGUGUCUUUCUCCAUCAGCCAUUGAUAUGCCAUGGCCUUUCCUGGGACUGCAACCAACAAUGUGACCCUGCUCAUCCCCCCAUACACUCAGAGGAAAUUCCCAAGAAAGAAUGAGGCGCUAGGGGCCAUACAGAUCAUCAUCGCCUUAAUACACCUUGGCCUCGGGGGCAUCUUGUUCUUCUCCUCAAAAGAAUCUGUCCCACUGUGCAUGGCUUCCUGGUACCCAUUCUGGGGAGCAGGACUUUUCAUCAUUUCUGGGUCCCUCUCAGCUGCAGCUGCAACUGCAACGAAUAUCACAGAGGGUCUGGAGACAGGCAGCAAUAUGUUGAAUGCCAUCAGCUUCCUUGCCUCAUUAGCUGGAGGAAUAAUGUUGGGAAUUGAUUUGAUUAAUAUUUGCAUUCUAAACAAGUAUAAAGUUUCCAUCCCGAUUUUGGAUAAAAUCCGCUUAGUCAGCUUCCUUCUCCCUCUUCGCUGUGAAAAAAGCCCCAUCCCUUGGGACUACUGUCAGAGCAUCGGUUCUUACAAGACGGGCAUCUUGGCCUUGAUGCUGAUCUUCUCUGUAAUCCAGAACAUCGUUUCUAAAGCUGCUGUCUCCUCCGACUCGGAUAAAGCACAGGAUCAUAAGGCAGAGUUUCCUUUGCUGUCACCCCCACAACCACAGUCCAGCAAUGGAACCAGUCCUCCAUGGCAGUAGUCUAUCAGCAGCAUCCAACAAACUCCAAGCAGCUUUCAUGGGUAAACAGGGUAUAUGUGUGGCACCUGAAUCUCUCCCUCCCAUUGCAGAUAAGAUGCCCUUCUCUCUCUUCUUGAGUCUGGUCCAGAGAUCGCAUGUGUUUUCACAGUACGCAGAAGGGAAGAUGGACAAUAAUGACUCACUAGCUUUAUCCAUCCUCUUGGAAAACGCCUCCUAAAUGACUUUUAUGCCAGCUUCUUCAAUAAUGGGUUGAAAAGGGAUCGUGAGUUGGUUCUUUCAAUCUCACUUGAUCUGAGUGUAUGGGGGUGGUGGGCUUACCUCUCAUCUCCCAAAUGGGAUGGAUUUCCUGGCAACUUUAGAAAUCCUGGAAGCCAUCGUGACUGUGUUGAAAUGUCACAUGGUGAUGAGCUAUUGUAUUUCCCAGACAGAGCAUGGAGAACAGAAGAGCCCUAUUAUAGCAGCAGCAACCUCUAUUGAUAAUUGUUGGUUUUUUUCCCUUUGCUCCCAAAUUUCACCCUGUUAGGCUGAAAUUUUCUAAGCCCUGGUUUCUGUUUUUAAGUGCACAUGGAGUUUAAAAGGGGAAGUAGCUCUGCUACAUCUGAGACUGUAAGAGUGACAAAUAUGUGACAUUCCCUAAUUAUAAAAUAAUUCUUAUGACACUCUUUUGAAUGAUUCUCUUGCCAAAAUGGGUAGCAGUAGAAAGAUGAAAUUUCCUAGAAAAAUAGGAAUUUAUGGGAAGGACCCUGGAGAGUUCUGGUGAAGAUCAGCUUGAAUUUGGCAGUAAAGGCUGAGGGUAGGUAUCAGUUAAAUAAGGGUAAAAAUCCCUACAGGUGUCUUAGUUACCUAAAAGCCAGGCAAUUCAAUACUACGGUUAAAUUUACAAGAAACCCAACAUUAGAAAAUGUGGAAAGUAACUAUUAAAUAACCCAAACUACCUUAAGUCUGGCUUCCCUUAGGGGCAGUUUGUGGAGCCUUUACUUUACUGAGUAGAACUGGGAGAGUAAUUGCCUUUUUUUGAUUUGGUCUGACAAGCUUUUUGUUUUCAGAUCAACCCAAAAUGACACUUUUUAAAAAAAAAAAAAUUUUUUUUAUUUCAGCAAGAAACCAAAGCUGCCGCCAACAAAAACUUUGUUUUGGGUCAAAUUAAAUGUUUGUUCAAUCCAAAAUGUUUGUUUUGGGGUCUUUUACCCUUAGUUGUUGUUGGUGGUGGGGUUUUUUUUGUUAGUUAAAUCUAGCUGAAGUUCUAAAUGAAAUGUUGACAUGUUUCAACUUUGAACAUUCCCCCCCGCGCCGCAAUUUUUUUCAGCCAAAACUAUGCCAAAUUCAACUCGAAUUCGCCAUCAGUUUCCGUCAACCUGCAACUGCUUUUUUUUGGCCAAUUAACUAUACACCAGAAAAAAUUCACCCAGCUCUACUAAUGAAGACUUAUUGAAGAAUCUUAUUGGUUCCAGUGGAACAACUCGCCACUUGUGUAAGGGAGCCACAAUCUUGAUCUGAGAGAGCCAGAUCUUUAAUCAUCCCUUCCUUGUUCCUUUUGAUUGUCAAUUCUUUUUCAAAGGAACCCAAGGGAGUUAAGCACCAACUGCCUUCAGCUCAUAUGAAAUCCCCAGCCUUCAUAUCAAGGUUAUAAGCCAUGCUUUUGUAUCAGGGACUCAAAGCCUGAAGCUUUGCUUAUUGCUUAAAAUUUGUACAGCUUCUGUAGUUGUAGACUGUCCAGGUGCAAGGGGAGAAAUGUACUCCAGAGAGAAUUGGUUUAGAACUGGUUUCAUGUUUCCAAUAUAAACACACUAGCUCUGUGUCUAAUGAUGCCAGCUGGCACAUGGAAUCACAGUACCCAGUCCUGUUUGCUGCUGGGCACUUUGAAGGAUUGGGCCUUUAAUGAUGAGCAGGGAAUGAUCACGCUCAGCAUGUUAUUUGUCUAAUAAAAAAACUUG